GAUCCUGCCCUGACAGUCUUGUCUGUACUGUCUUUGUUCAAUGUGUCUUUGUUUAUUUUGUGCCUGAGCACAUGGUUGUGUCUCUUGUGUCUACCACGUGCUCCUCUUGUCCCACCUCCUUGUUUUCCCUGGUCACGCCCUCUUGUUUAGUCCCUAUUAGUCAGAGUGUUGUCACCUGUUUCUCAUGUCUCUGUAUGCUCUUAUUGUGAUCAUUUCCCUCCUGUGUUUGCCGGUUCGUUUUGUGUGUGAGUUAGUGUCUGCUUAGCGUGCUAGCUUUUCUAAACUAAUAGCGGUUUUCCCUUGUCAGUUUAAGUCUGGUAUUUCUUAGUUUAAGUUUAUCUUGUCACUGUUUAUUCUAGUCUAGUUUAAGUGUUUCUUUUUGUUUGGAUCUCACUUUUAAUUUGACUUAAGUUUGACUUGUUCUUUAAAGUGUUUAUUUUCCCCUUUUGAGUUAUUUUCUUGGUUAGUCUUCCAGUUAUUUCUAGAACUUUGAUUUGCAUUUGUUUCUUUACCUUUUUAGUUUACUUUGGUUAUUUCCCUAGUUAAUCUGGUUUCUAGGUCAUAGCACCCUUGUCUGAUUUUUGCCCUUGUAUUAUUAUUAUUAUUAUUAUUAUUAUAGUUGUUGUUGUUGUUCUCAUGUUGUCUUAAGUCUUGUCUAGUGUCUUGUGAGUUCUGUCUGUUCCUGUCUUGCCCGCUGCCUUCUCCCUGGCUACUGGGUCUCCCCGCCUGGAGGUCUGACGUGUGUGGCUGUACCGCUAUAGUCAAGUGCCCUUGGUUCCUGGUGUUGUGGUCUGGUCCCUUGCACAGCCUCUACAGUCCUGCACUCGGUUGUCACCCAGAGCCCCCCUCGGCGGUCAUCCCCCCCCAACUGCCUGCUCCACUGUCUACCCAUCUACCCAAUCCUUCUGUCUGGACUGUUCAAGCCACUCCCUCCUAUCGUGCUUUGUCUUUUGUCAAUAAACAUUUCUUGUUCACUCUGCAUCUGGGUCCUCUCCCUCAGUAACCCUGACAGAACGAACCGGCCAAGUCAGGACCCAGCAGAAUGAGUAUCAAGAUCCUACCCCCUGCAAAUGCUCAGGAGAGACUGGCCCGCCAGCAAGGCCUGGGUGCACUUCGGCAGCAGGGGCAAGAGGUGAGGGCCUUUGCCCAAUUCUUUUGGACUAUGUCUAGGGGCCUUGAGUAUCAGGAUGCAGCCCUUAAGGAUGUCUUCAACCUCUGUUUGGAUGAUCCACUGCCUCAGUGGGAGAUGGAGCAAUUGAGGAUCUUGGACUUUUGGAACUUUUCCAAUUAUUUGCACCACCGCAAGGAUUGGCAGAUACUUACACCACCAGAGUCCCCCUACAGUGAUCACCCCACUCUCACUCCAUCGAGUCAAGUCCCUGAUCAUCUUUUGACUCCCACUGAGAAAAGGAGAGUGAGAAGGAGGGCAGCCAAAGCUGCUGCAUCUGUCAUGGAGGCCUCUGUGCUGGUUCCAGCCUCCGAAUUGGCUGAGUCCCUCACAGUCACGUCUGAGUCAACCAAGUGCUCUGAAGCGGUCAAGCUCAAGGAAGUUGUGAGGGAGGUUCCCCUGUUAGCCCCUGUUCCUGUGCCAGUCAAGCCUAUUUUAGUCCAUUCCAAGUCAGUCAAGUCCAGUCCUGAAAAUUCUGUGUCAAUGUCAGUUCAUGUAAGUCAAGAUGUAGGUGAUGUGAAUGCUUACAGGCCUGGGAGACGAAAGGGUAGGAGGGCCCGCGCCAAGAGAACUAGAGACCUUAGUCUGGAGAUCCCUCCUGCAGUUUCCCUGGGUGAUCUCAAGUGGCCUGCUGCUUCAGUCAUGACCAUGGAGUCCAGUGGUGAGCAGCCAGCUCCAGAGCUCACUCCAGUGUCUGCUCCAGCCCCUGUGUCUAGCCCACAGAGGACUCCAAUCUUGGUGGCCCCAGCGGGCAAUUCCACAGCCCUCGAGGGCGGUCAAGAACCCACUCCCGAGUCUGUUCCAGUAGCCCCGGAGGGCAGCUCAGCAGCCCCUGAGGGCGGUCAAGAACCCACUCCCGAGUCUGUUCCAGUAGCCCCAGAGGGCAGCUCAGCAGCCCCUGAGGGCGGUCAAGAACCCACUCCGGAGUCAGUUUCCAGUAGCCCCGGAGGGCAGCUCAGCAGCCCCUGAGGGCGGUCAAGAACCCACUCCCGAGUCUGUUCCAGUAGCCCCGGAGGGCAGCUCAGCAGCCCCUGAGGGCGGUCAAGAACCCACUCCCGAGUCAGUUCCAGUAGCCCCGGAGGGCAGCUCAGCAGCCCCUGAGGGCGGUCAAGAACCCACUCCGGAGUCAGUUCCAGUAGCCCCGGAGGGCAGCUCAGCAGACCCUGAGGGCAGUCAAGAAUCCACUCACGAGUCAGUUCCAGUAGCCCCAGAGGGCAGUCCAGAACCAAGUCCGGAGCCCAUUCCUGCAACCCCAGGGGGCCCUCAAGAAUCAGUCCCUGAGUCCAUUCCUGCAGCCCUGGAGGGCAGUUCGUCCACCCGCCAGGCCACUCAAAGGUCAGUCUCUGACCCCAUUCCUGCCGCCCCAGGGGGCAGUUUAUCAGCUUCUGAGUCUCUUCCUGUGGCCCAGGAGGGCUUUUCGACAGUCCCCACAAACAAUCCACAGUCGCCUUUGGAGCCUGGUCCAGAGAACCCUAAUCUCUUUGAGGCCAUUCCAGAAUCCCUUGCUAGUCAUGUCUUGCCAACCAAGAAUACCCGGCAAUCCAACCUGAAUACCCAGUCCAGUUGGCAACCCUUGCCUGUGAGAGGUGUUCCUGUAGGGAGAGGUGCCACCAGCCAUGACCCCACCUUUGCAGAGUCGGAUAGACCGGGCUUCCCCAAGCCGGCAGCACCCUGGCCUAACCAUUCCCCUGGAACCUUUUCCACCCCUCCCAGCCCACCCCCUGUUUUCCCUGAUAGGCCUGGAUUUCCAAGGUUUUCAUCCCACCC